CUCUCACGCAGCCACCUCCUCUCAGACUCACGGCCUCCUCUCAAACUCACGCUCAGUUUCUCACGCGCGUCCAUCGGAUCUCCGAUCACACCCAGAUCAAUGCUUGAAUCCGAUGAGGAAUGCGAAUGUACGAUGACCGAAGAGGAAAUCCGCAUCUAUGAGGAUCAAGUUUCCAAGAGCGGCGGCUUUGAUGUUAGCCCCGUAAGUGGCGACCCUGGAUACCGCUGCAUUAUUCAACCAUGGAACAACACAAACAGCGCGUUACAGGAUUUCGAAUUGUAUUCGCAGCUUGCAGUAAACGAAUACAACCGUCGCUUUAAGGAGGAGAAUAGAGUUCUGGAGUUUGUAAAGGUUUUGAAGGCAAUGGGUAGGCGUGCGAAUUUAUUUGUAUUUUAUAUAACGUUCGAGGCCAAGGAUGUUGGUGAUGGAGGCAAGAUUAAGAUCUAUCAGGCUGUGAUAUUUUAUGGGGUACCCGACAUUGAGGUGGCUUCUUUUAGGCUCAAGCCAGAUGAUCAUGAGCAAGGUUCAGACAAUCAUGGUAAAGAAUGGUUGUGGGAGCAUGAACAUUUGUUUCGUGAAAAGGAAGCGCGCAUGAUCUCAAUCAACUGAUCAUCCUAAUGUUUUCAGUAUUUAUCCCCAUAAAUAUUAAAUUGGGAGGUAAACUAAUUUGUAUCAUACUUUGGGUAUUUCUUGUUAUA